AGAUGAGAUCAGUGUUAAAUCUCGCGAGACGUUUUCGCAAACAUACUGGCUGGCUUUUUUUGUAAAAACACUGACACGCAGUCUUAACAUAAGAAACACUGAUGCAGUGGAGCAUGGUAUGUGCAAUAUCAAGAAAACUAUCAUAGCUAAAGGGUGAUAACUAUCGCCCUUUUUAGAUUUUUUUGUUAUUUUUUUAUUUUGGUUGUGUUCAUGUUCAUGUCCUUCCUGCUCUCGCGGAAGUGACGAACGUGUGUGUAAAGUACACUAGAGCAAAACAUGCACAUGUGAGAGCUGCAUGGUGAGAAACCUAAAUUUACUUCAACUAUAACGUUAUUUCACUGUCGACGUGAAGAAAGACUUCGGGCACGGAGUAUGAAUGAACCGGGACACUAUCCUCCGCCGGACUUCGGCUGCCCCCCUCCAAAUUCCAUGCAGCCUUUCCAGCAGCAGCAGCCCCACUCGAGCAGCUUCCAUCCCAGCAUGUGGAGCUGGGGCGAGACGUCCUCCGAGCCCAGCUGGGACUCUAGCGGCCAGGCGGGAUGGCAUCACGGGGCAGCGACAGGCUUUGGUUUCCCAGCAGGCCGUGGAAACUAUGGAUCUAAACGUCCACACGGUCAAAACUUUGAUCGGGAAUGGCAUCAAGGUGGACAUCGAGGUGGAAGACAGAAUUAUGGAGCCCCUGGGAAAAGGCAGAAAAAUAAAAAAGAACCAGAGUAUUCUCAUUUUUGUGACACCUGUGACCGGGGCUUCAAAAACCAAGAGAAGUACGAGGAACAUGUUUCUCAACAUGUCAAGUGUUCUGUACCUGACUGCAGCUUCAUGGCUCAUGAAAAAAUAGUGAGCAUACACUGGAAAAAUAACCACGCACCAGGCGCAAAAAGGAUCAAGCUGGACACACCAGACGAGAUUGCAAAAUGGAGAGAGGAGAGGCGCAAAAACUAUCCAACACUUCAGAAUAUCGACAAGAAGAAAAAAGUGAUGGAGGUGCGGGAGGAGACGGGGGCAGUUCUGGAGACAGCUCAGUUUGGACGAAUGAGAGGCAGAGGAAGAGGACGGGGUCGGGGCCGUGGCUGGGGUAACAGAGGGUUCCAUGGGCAACACCCUCGAGGCCCUCACCCAUCAGGCAGCAGUGCUACAGAAAGACCUCCGCCCCUCACCCAGCCCAGCAGGGACGGGGAUCCACUGGGAGCGCUGGCCAGCAGUGAUCAUGAUUCAGACGGAGAGGACCCAGCUCCUGAGUCCAGGACUGGUGUCCUGGUUGUGGCGCCUAAACAGAUGAGCUCAGCUCUGGGAUCCCUGGUGGCCAACUACGGCUCCAUGAGUGAAAGUGAUGAAGAACCAGAGGCGUUCCCUAUCCAGAGAGCCAAAGACCUUGUACAAGAAAACCAAGCUCUGCUAAACACAAUGCCACCAUACUCCCAGGACAGAGGACCCUCUAGAGGCCUGGAAACCUCUUCUAAGGUUACAGAGGCUCAGAAAGACGCCCACCCUAACUGUGCCCUUCACACACCUCACAGCAGAAGAGGAAAAUGGGGAAGAGGAGGCGGGGGAGGAAGGGGCGGUAGAAGAGGACACCAAGAUACACCGCAGGCCCGUCGUCCCACUCUACUUCAGAUGUUACUGGCCCCAGAUAUUCGCCAUGAGAGGAAUGUCCUCCUGCAGUGUGUGCGCUAUGUUGUCCGAAACAACUUCUUUGGUCUGGAGAGCAGGCCUCAGAACCAGAAGGGCAUCCAGGAUAAAGUCACACCAGCUAUCCCAACCGGAGAGCAUAAAGGGAGGCAAGAAAAGCCAUCAGAGGAAGCCAGGGCUGUGCCUCGGUCUACCUCUCUAGUUGGUGGAGAGAGAAGUUCAGUAAAAGUUAGUUAUCAGGAGGAUUUAGAAAAAAGUAAAGCUGUGGAUAACCAGUACUUGCAUACAUGCUCAGAAUCAUCCAAGGAUCCUCCUGUGGAGCAGGAUGCAGGGUAUUUCAUCCAAAAUACUGAAGAGACAACUACCAAAGACUGCCACAACCCUUAUUUGACAGGCACAGAUCAAAUCCGAUCUACCUCUUAUAUUUCUGAUGAUGAAAUAUGGGAGAGCCCUGGUGCGGUUAUGUCCUAAAGAAUUAUUAUUUUGUUAUAAAGCAUAAAAGAGAGAUUUUCUUUGUCUUUCAGAGGUUGAUGUUAAUUCUUUCAAACUGUUAUUUUUCAAAGGACUUAUUUUUUAUGUGAUAUGAUGUUAGUUUGACUAACAAAAUCAUUUAUAUUUUUGUAACAUGUUAUAUACUGAAGAAAGACAACCUUUGUUUCUUGUGAAAUAAAUUACAUCAUUGACACUUACGGUAUCAAGGAAAUUACAUUCCUCUAAAAUAAACAAGAUACUUCUUAUAAAA